UCCACACUGACACUCAGAUGUACAAACACCUCGGCUCUCUCCCAGCCGUGCAUCAAAAAUCACGUCAGAGACGCUCGUAGCGUUUUAACGGAAGACUUCUGACCCCGCUGAAUGAGCCUGAGAAGAUCCAUCACUGCCCCCCCCCCCCCCACUGCCUCAGGACCGCCUUCCUCACUCUGUGUUUCCCCUACAACUUGUGCAGCUCAGUCAAAGGGACAUUUUUUUUUGCGGGCUGAGAAGAUCAAGGACAGUUUGACAUGAGGGGGGACGCUCCACGAAGAGGCAUGAAGACCCCGUGUCUGUGGGCUCUGCUGCUGUCAGUCGUCUCUCUGGUGACCAGUGCUGAUUCACCAAGUACAGGAAAUUCAGCCUUGAGAGAAAGCUCAAAAUCCAAAGUGAAGACUUACUGGUCUGAAGGCAGCAAGGCAGUCUCCAUCAGCCGCCUGCUGUCCCAGAGCUUCUAUGGCAAAGAGAACUUCACCUCUCUGGAUCUGAACUAUGACGAGGCCGACUCGUUCUCUAAACGGGACCAGUGGAGCUGGCUUUACAACGCGUCCAACCCCCGCGACCCUCGAUCCAGGACGAAGCGGAGGCCCAUCGUCAAGACCGGCAAGUUCAAGAAGAUGUUCGGUUGGGGAGACUUCCACUCCAACAUCAAGACGGUGAAGCUCAACCUUCUCAUCACUGGUAAAAUCGUGGAUCACGGUAACGGGACAUUCAGCGUCUACUUCCGCCACAACUCCACCGGUCAGGGCAAUGUUUCCGUUGGACUCGUUCCUCCAACCAAAGCGGUGGAGUUCCAGGUCCACCAGCCGUUCCACCACAAUCACCACCAGCAGCAGCAGCAGCAGCAGCAGCAGACGGCUCUGGAGACCAAGGACAACAAGCUGUUCAACUGCAGGGUGGAGUACGAGAAGGUGGAGAAGGGCACCAGGAACUCGCUGUGUGCCCACGACCCCUCGCAGAGCUGCCCUCAGGAGCAGACCCAGAGCCACUUGUCCUGGCUGUGCUCCAAGCCCUUCAAAGUAAUCUGCAUCUUCAUCACCUUCUACAGCACCGACUACAAGCUGGUGCAGAAGGUGUGUCCAGACUACAACUACCACAGUGACACCCCCUACCUCCCCACCGGGUGAUCACAAGACCAGACAAGGACAAAAAAAAGAAGAAAAAAAGAUGCUGGGACAGGCUGUCGGAUCUUGAGCUAUGUCAGAUUAUUUGAAGGAAAAUGAAGUCAAGACACUUGAAACGUUGAGAGGUAUUAUUACAGCUAACAUAUCCUUGAUGCAAGACUGAUAUUGCUCCAACGAACAGACCCACCCAGAGGUCAUUAUGAGAGCAUUAAGGGAAGCAUUUAUAGGCUUGCAAUACUCUUAUUAUAUGCAUAGCUGCUUACAUUGAAAGGACAUUCUCAAGCCAACCGCAAACAUAUGCUGAUUGUAUUUAUGUAAAUAUUGUGGGUUCCACAAAAAGACCAGAAAACAAUUUUAUUAAUGUUUUCUCCUGCUAAUUUGGUUGUUUAUGUUGAUAGUGCAUUUCCGUCUCAAUCACGCUUUCUGUCUUUUCCAAUCAGUCUCUGGUAAUCAUUGCAAACACGUAAAUGUCAAUGCAAAUAAGAAGAAUCUGUCAGUAUGCAUUAGAGUGCAUAAUGGAAAAAGCAAACAUAUUUUGAGUGGUGUUGUUUUCUGCAGUGUGAUUGUUGUGAGUGAGUAUACCUCUCUGAUAGUGUUGUUGGAAUCUCGUCCAUUUUCAUGCAUGAACCAAAUGUGGUAAACAGCUGAAUAACGUCCAUCUAUAUUUCCAUGUUAUUGCAGCUGUCAGAAAUAAUCCUCAUCAUGUCACCGGAGAAAAAAAAGGUAUAAAAGUCUUUCUAUUUUGUGUAUUGUGUUAGCAGUUCUUAAGCCACAGCAAAUGACACCAAUGGAGGCUCAAAGUCAAACGCAAGCAAGUAAAUGUGGUGAUAAAUAAAUACAACCUGCAGAAGACACAACAUUAGAGAGACACACACGAUCCUUCUUUUUGCAUUGCUCCUUAAAAAAUAAACGUAUGUGUACUUCUGUUUUCUUAGUCCUGCACUUCAAUUUUAGACGUUUAGCGUGCUCUUUUUCGUGACUAAAACAAGUCGAGUAUAAUAACCUUAACUCCUGCCUCACUAAAAUAACAAGCAGAGAUGACAGAGCCACAACAUCCCUGCUGUAAAGGAAUAUUUUAGUCUUGUUAAAGUAUAUAGAGUUUAGUGACUUGUCCUCGGGAAUCUGUUUAAUAUGGUUGAAGUGUAUUCCUGCCUGUAAUGUGAUCCAUAGCUUCUCAGGAAGACACAGGUCAAGAGGUCAUCUGAUGUCUUGUGGGGGAGAAGCUUGGCUCAUGUGGGUUUACAAUGCAACGAGUCUCGACAUCUGGCAUGCAUUAAAGGAAAACCCGCGUGUUUUAGGGCCCUCCUCUUCUCUCAUGUAUAGAUGGGUGCUUGGCGCUUUUGGGCAGAGUUGGCUGGUAUCUUGCAGGGAACUGUAAUAUGCUGUGAACUCUCCGGCCGUUCAGGCUCUCAAUAAAUAUCAGUGUAUUGACAGGCGAAUCCAGUUUCACUCAUUUCAUGAUUGGCUCAACAUUGCUGCAAAGAAGUUUUAUCUUCACAACCUGCAAUAUCCAAAACUAUCUGUAUACCUUGGAGUAAUCAUUUAUAAAGCGUGCUGAAUUAUGGGCGACAAACGGGGUCAAACAUAGAAAUAAGAAGAGGCAACAUUGGUGUUCAUCUAAAAAAGAACAAUGUGAGAGGUGGUAUGUUGUGUUUCCUGCUCCAGAGGAGACACCACAUACACCAAACAGCAGGAGCUAAUCACACAUUCCACCUAUCCAACAUUUGCACCUCUGGUUAUCAAAAAAAAAAGAGAAAUUCUGGAUGAGACUAACACUGGCUGUUAAUGAUAUUGGAUGUUCCAAUUGGCUAUUAAACCUUCAUUACAUAAAUUGGGAGCCACUGGCUCCAUGUGAAGCAUAGAGGGAAUGAACACAGUGAAAGUGGGAGCUCUGAAGAGUCAACACCAUCCAAAGAAGGAAUUAAAGUGCCGAUGGAAAACCUGUAAAAAAAAGCACAAAUGUGCACCUAGGGGCGCAAUCACUGCUGUCUAUUUAAAUUCAGUGCUCUGACACAGUGUACGCUAUAUAUGCAACUCAGUAACUGCUAAUGGCAGCCUGGACGACAUCCAAUAUGCCAACAUGGGGUGUAUUUUCUGACAAGGCAGGCCAAAGAAUAGGGGUCUGCCUGUGGGAUGAGUGAGCAUAAAGAGGAAUUUAUGAUGUGGAGGAACAAGGCUGGCAGAAAUCACUGGAAGCACCUGACUCGUAAAUUGAGAGCAUGUUUCUGUCACCCAGAAGAAGGAAUGACUAAUGUCUCAGAUUGCUGUUUGGGCCCGUUCUUUCAUCUCAAUAAAGUCACUUUGAUAUCCCUCCCCCCUACCCAAAUGUGCCAGGGACAGUUUGUUCAGCUUCAGAGAAUUAAAGCAGCACUUUUGUGAAACAAUGCAGCCUCAUUAUGCACAUAAUCUUACAAGUGUAAACAGUGUUUGGGUGUGAGAGCAACUAUGAGAUGGAUCUGUUCCCGACUGAUGCUGUCUGAGGGCAACAGCAAUGUACUGUGUGUACAAGCCACAUUAUUAAUGGACAGAUGUAUUCAUAGAUAUCAUUUAAAGCUGCACUACUAAACCCUUAAACAGCGAAACAAAUGACUUACGUAAUGUGAAUUGUGUGACAAACCCACACGAUGCUGAACGGCGUUAUACCAUCUUUAAGCUCAUUGUUUUGGUUUUCAUGGCCCACAAUUUCACCAUUUUGAUUCACUCUCAUUUCGCUCAUCGACCCCAGCAGCAGGCACCUGUUUUUACAGGAACGCUCUCUGUACGAUUACUGCCCAGCACCAAACAGACAAUGUUAGCUACAAGCUAGUGUACAUAAUGUAACGUUUAGCAGCUAAAGAGGCUGAUAAUUUCCCUCGGGAGUUGGUAGAAAGCAAAGGAGUGUGAGUAUUUUACUUCAAUUUGCAAGGUGGCCAGAAACACCCAUGAAUACUAACAUUUUUCUGUAUCUGCGUAAAUGAAAAUGUUGUCAAACUAAUGAAUAAAUGUAGGCUUAAGAGUUUGAACAUUUUCUUUGUAAAUCGGCAUUUUGUGUGUUUCUAAUCUAAAAGUAAUUGCAGAUAUCAUGCUGUUUUACUCCAAACUUUACUGCUAAAAACAAUAUUUAGCAUUUGGAAGAAAUUAAUACCUUAGAUUUAGUAGUUUAGUCUAGUAUUAGUCCUUUUAUUAAAAUAUCUGUCAAUCAAAUGGGAGGGAAUGUAAGUUCCAAUUUUAUGUUCUGGCUUUAAGCGCUAUGGGCUAAUCUUUUGUUAACUUUCAGAUCACUGAUCGUACCUUCAAUACAACUUAAUUUGACGAUUAAAUAGGGGGGAUGAAUAAAGAAGAGAUAUCUAAUUAAAACACAGAGAUUAAGCUCAAUCCAAUCUUAAAUAUCUAAUAACUUAAAUUCAGAUGCAAAUCUCUGUUUUGAGAGUAAUUUACCAAAAGUGGGAGAGGACAGCUUCUUCUUUAAAAGCCAAGAUUUCUUAAAUGUUGUUCAUCUGAAAGCACCAGUUUAUCCAGAAACAAGAAGAACCUCCAAGGAAUGGUCGGUUUAUGUAUGAAUGAAAGCGACAUCAUUACAACCCGGCAGUGUUUGAACGUCUAAGUUAUCUUCGGGUCCAGAUCUUCUCCCUUGGUUCAGUCGUCCUGGGCCGGAGCCAUUCAUGCCUGCCGUCUCUCCCCCACAAUCCCUGAUUAAUGUGGUCUGGGCGGGAGCUGUCAGAAAUGGCAGAGAGAAUCAUGGGAUUUCUCCUUCAGAGUCCCAAUGACACCCAGCAGCUGCAGGAGUAAACAGAUGACUAACCACUGGCCUUUUGGCAGCCUGUGGAGAUUGACACGGAAGGAGGGCUGCGAACGCCGCUUUGACAUUUAGGUGGAUUAGAAGUUCUUGGGUUCUGCUCUCGUGGUGUCAGAGGUGGUUGGCAUAGUAAUUAUUUGUGUCUUGGUUUUUAUCCGCUUGACCCCCAACUGCAGUGAAAAUGUACAGAUAUGUUUUUCUUCCACUUACAGACAAGUGAAAUGUUUAUUGUAAAACAUCCUGACGAGCCUCAUUUACAAGCAAAUCACAUUUUGUUUGCACUGCUACAGAGGAAAUAAUACGUGUCUUACAACAAGCAAUUGUCAUUUCAGAUCAUGUGCUGCUGCAGAUUUCAUUUAAAAUCUGGGGCUGAAGCUGUCCUGGGGCACAGUUUUGUGUGAGGUAUUGACAUAUU